CGGUGACUCCGUCUAAAGUCUCCGCCCUGUCCUCGGUUUUGUCCAAAUUGGGAUUUUUGCGUCGACGGAGCUCCCCAACGUCACCGGCGAGGAGAAAGUGGGGGUGACGUUGAAUAGAGUAGGGAGGGGGAAAAUGUGCUUUACCUAUACUGAUGAGGAGUCUGUUACCCCCCUCCCUUACGUCAGUGAUAGCUCACCGGGACCCCCCUUUGCCAGCACUGCCUCAGCCUAUAUAAGUUGCGGACGAGCGAAGCCCUCCACCAGAAACGAGACCUAAAUACCACGGCAAGAACGGAUCUAGCAGCGGCGGUUUGACUCAUUGUCGUCGGGGGAAGGAGGCAUUAAACGAGCGUUUCGCCAGCGGAACCGGGACGGGAAAUCGAUAUAUUCACGAAAAAGAGAGAAUAGUCCGAGGAUGUUAGCGCCGACAAAAUAACAACUAUUCGCGAAAUCCGACGGACCGAAACUUUCUACUGUUCAUCGCGAAUAGGGGAAAAGGAGAAAAGUGAGUUGCUCUGCAUCCAGGCAGCCUCUUAAAAAGAUCGGAAGCCGGCUCUUUGAUUUACCGGCUGCUCUGGCUGAGAUGUACCGGUCCACGAAAGGAGCGUCCAAGGCUCGCAGGGACCAGAUCAAUGCGGAGAUCCGGAGCCUGAAGGAGCUCCUGCCGAUAUCCGAUGCGGAUAAGGCUCGACUCUCAUACCUUCACAUCAUGUCGUUGGCUUGCAUGUACACAAGAAAGUCCGUCUUCUUCUCUGAGGAAGCAGCCGCGGCUGGCGGCUACGAAGGAACCGCAAGCUUCAUGUCAUUUGAGGAGCUGUCGGAGCUGGUCCACGGACUCCCGGGCUUUCUCCUGCUGUUAACAAGUGAAGGAAAACUCCUCUAUCUGUCUGACAGCGUCGCCGAGCACCUCGGACACUCCAUGGUGGAUCUGGUUGCUCAGGGUGACAGCGUGUAUGACAUCAUUGACCCGAGCGACCACUUUGUCAUGAGAAGCAACCUCGUGCCUACAACUGCACCUGACACAGACCGCCUGUUUCGCUGCCGUUUCAACACCUCCAAGUCGGUCCGUCGGCAGAGCGCCGGCACCAAACUUGCGCUAAUUAGGGCGCGCUGCCUGUCACCCCCAAGCCCCGCCUCCUCUUACUGGACGUCCAAUCCGGUUUGGAUGUGCUUCUGUUCACCUCUGGAGGCGCAGCCGCUGCAGCCGUGUCCCUCCCGAAGCCCCACCCUAACCCCCCCAGCUGACCACGCCUUCUUCCUGGCCUGCUUCCACUCCCAGCAUGGCCGGGACAUGAGGCUACAGGAGGCGCAGGACAGCAUUAACGUUUACCUGGGCUACGACGUCGAGACCCUGCGCACACACUCCUGGUACAGCCUACUGCACCCGGAGGACCUGUCGCAUGCCUCUGCGCAACACUGCCGCCUGCUCAGCGAAGGCGGAGAAGGACGGGUGGAGAUGGUGGUGCGGAUGGAGGCUGCAGAUCAUACAUGGGUGUGGCUGUACAUGGUCCUCACUCUGGAGGGCGGUGACAGCCCGAUUAGCUGCCAUAACUACGUCAUCAGUGAGUCGGAGGCAUGGUCUGUGCGCCAGCAGCUGUGCACGGAGCAGAACCAGCUGGCCCUGGUGCUGAGCGCUAGCGCCUCCUACCAGCACAGCCUGGGACUGCAGUCCCCAGACACGUUGUCCAGCCCGGACCAAGUCUUCACGCCGAGCAGCAGCGGCCUCUCCGCCCAGUCCUUUGACUUCAGCUCCGGCGCCGAGCAGGCCCCCGGCGGAGGGGCGGAGCUUGCACAGCCCGAAGGCGGACACCCGCGUUCCAGCCUCUCCUCAUUGGAGGAGGAGAGCUUCCCCCAGCAAAGUCAGCCUCCCUCACAACAGCAGCAGCCGCCGCGUCCUGGUGACGCCGCCACCCCCCCUCCCCCUGCCUCCUCCCCAGCUCAGGGGGGCUCUUCUGACCCCAUGUCCGACUUCAACUUCCUGGCCCAGAGCAUUUUUCUCUCCCCACCCCUCCAGACAGGACCGCGUCUCCCAGUGAUACCCCUCUCCCCGCCCCCUCAGCCGGCAUCCCACCCCCACCAAGGAAAGGAGUCCGUCUGCACGCCCCCUUACACCCCACAGCUGGGGGGUGGAGGCUUUGUCUUUGGCGACCAGCUUUUCUCCAUGGACACCAACAUCGGUGAAACUUCCACGGUCGCUCCCCCCGUCGCCAUGCCGACACCGUUGACUACCCCUCAUACUCUCUCCAUCUCAGCGGCCACCACAGACCUGCUUUUUUCCAAGGAGACCUGCGCCGGGCCCUUCUAUGAGAAGCUACCCCCCACCCCAGACACUCCCGGAGAUGGCGACUGUACCAUCAUGACCCUCCCUGAGGUCCGGGGGCCUCUUUUUGUCGACGUCCCCAGCCGGCCAUUCCCUUACCCACACGAAGGUCUUCUAACCCCAGAAGCUUCUCCGGGAGAGCAGACAUGCCAGCCACUCUUCUCACUAGAUGGCCAGCAGGACAAGGAGAGGAUAGAGAUUUCACUGCUGGCCCAGCACAUCAGCUCUCUGGCUGAAAGAUUCUACCCCGAAGGCAUCUUUCACAAGCUCAUGACCUCCUCCCCGACGUCCCCUAGACCUCCCACCCCAGCCCAGGAUUUCAUCCCUCCAAUGUUCGAACUCUACCCUGUCAAAUGCUGGAGGAGUUCAGAACUUUCUCUCAGCCCAGAUGACAUCGCUCUUAUCGAGGAGUGCAUCAUAGAGGCUCUCCUCCAGGACCUCUCCUCCUCAUCCCCGUCCCCCUCCCCCUGCCAUUCCUCACCACCGCCCUCUCCACCAAUGCCAGAGUGCUGGUGCCCACCCCCUCAGUUCGAGGGGGCGUCUCUGGUCGGCCUUGGCCACAUCUGUAGCGUCCAAUCGGCGCACUGUAAUUUGGCAGCUGGGGGCGGAGCAACGGCGGGCACUGAUGCAGAGGCAGCCAAUGGCGAGGGAGAAAUCCAGGAAGGAGCUAUGGAGGUAGAGGCUUCUCCCUCACCACCUUGCUACCCCUCUGCCACCUCCUCAGUAUUAGCAUCCCCGCUGAUUGCCCCUGCUGUGCCCGUCGCCUCCCCCAGCCUGCUCCGCGCCCAGCCCCUCCCAGAGGAGUUGGCCGCCGUGGAACCCGUGUUUGGGGCGGGAGCCUCAAUUGCCCCUGCCCUGGGGCAACAACCUGAGUUGUAUCAACUCCACUGUCGCUCUCCACCACGGGACUUCCAAGCAGGUGAGAAGGGGAGCACUUCUGCUGCCAUGCCAGCACCAUCCGAUUCUUACACUUCAACUAUAUAUAGGUCAUGGGAGUUUUACUUACACAAAAAUGUUCUGAGGGCAGAAGUAAAAAAUGAUUGGUUCGGAGAGAUAACCAAUCAGAAUAUAGAGAAGGUGGGUCCAAGCAACUAGAGGAGGCGGGACC